CCGGUAACGGCCGGGGCGGGGAGCGGCCGCAGCCCCGCCGGCUCCGAGCCCCGCACCGGGGCGCCGAGCCCCGCGGAGCAGCAGCCCGAGGUGAUGUGAACUAGUGUCCAGCAGAAAUUUGGACUGGAUGAUGAUCACUAGAGGUCCCUUGAGAACAUCUCUGUGAGUCUAUGAUGCAUGAUGUAGAGGAACCUGUGGCAUGAUGGCCGGGGCUGCCAUAGCGACACGGAGGACGCCGGCGCCGAGCGGAGCCCGAGGGACGGAGCGCGGACAUGCCCUUCUCCCAGCGCACAUACCACCCUCCGGCCGCGGGGACCGGCGCGGCGCCGGCGGCGUUCCCCGCGUUCCAGUUCCGCGCGCGGCACGAGGCCCCGGACUGGCGGCGGCUCAGCGCCGUGGACGUGGAGCGGGUGUCGCGGGAGGGGGACGUGGCGGCCCUGCAGGUGCACCUGGAGCACGUCACCUUCUGCAGCGCCGAGCGGGAGCGCUGCCCGCACUGCCAGGGCCCCGCCGACCCGCUGCUACUGAAACUGCUGCGCCUGGCGCAGCUCUGCACCGAGUACCUGCUGCACUCCCAGGAAUACCUCAGCGCCCAGCUCGGCAGCCUGGAGGAGGCCCUGCGAGAGGCACAAGCCCAGCGCGACCAGCUGGGCAAGGAAGUGGCCCAGCGCUUGCAGGAGAUCCAGGGGCUCAAGGAGGAGUGCCGGCGGAGGAAGAAGAUGAUCAGCACCCAGCAGAUGAUGCUGGAGGCCCGAGCCAACUACCACCAGUGUCAGUUUUGUGAAAAGGCUUUUAUGACCUACUCCUUUUUACAAAGUCACAUUCAAAGGCGUCAUCCGGGAGAGUCUGAGAUAGAACAGAAGAGGAAAGCAAACACUGAAAAAUUGCAGGAUGAGAUUGAAAAACUGAAGGAGCAGUUGAAGCUCACCAAGUCCCAGUUAGAAUCUGAACAACAGGCUGAUAUUGUCAGGUUGUCUAAGGAAUGUGAACAGCAAAAAUCAAAAGAAGAAGAAAUUCUACAGUCAUUUCAUAAAUGGAAAGAGGAGGAAAGAGAGAGAUUGGCUCAUGAAAUAGAAAAAAUGAAAGAGAUGUUUAUGAAAGAGCUUAAGGAGUUAUAUUCAAAAAAUUCAACCUUAGAAAAUCAACUGUUAGAAUUACAAAAGUCCAAUAUGCAACAAAAAUCCAAUUUAGGAACACUGAAAGACAGCCAUGAUUUUGCAGAGGAGAAACCUCAGAGUCCCCAGGAUCAUCACAAAGUGGUUAAACUUCUGGGUGAACAGGAAAGAAAGUGGACGUCUAGAAUGCAAGCCCUUCAUCAUGACCACGAGACAGAAAAAUCCCUGCUACUGUCACAGAUUGAGACACUUAAAUCAUCAGCAAGAGAAGACCUGAAUAAAAAUAACACCUUUUACAAGAGGAAGAUAGAAGAAUUGGAGCAGAGGCUUCAGCAGCAGAAUGAUCUGGUUAUUACUCAGAAGAAGCAGAUAAAAGAAUUGUCCACAAGGUCAGCUCCAAGCAUUAAAACAUACGAUGUGAACACUACUGUAGAGCGUCUUGAAGAACCUAAACCAAGUCUACCAGUUAACAUGCAUGAGCAGGCACACUUGGUGCAUAUGCUGGAACCCAUAGAGGAGCUUUCAGAAGAGGAAAAAGAAACUGAGAAAAGUGAUUGUAAACCACGAAGAAGUAACUACUAUUUGAUAAAUGCUCUGAAGACUGAUCCUUCUUUAACUAAAGAAUUACGAGUUGUUUUGGAGCAAGCCCUGGAGGAGAAGCUGGAAUCCUUGGGAAUUAAAGCAGGUGUUCGUGGCAUACCAAAUGAUCGCUUAAAUAAAGUGUUGCGUGCUAUUGAAUAUGCUAGAGAAUGCAAAGAGAAGCAACAGCCUGCCAUGCACCGAAUUCGAGAGCAUCUCGAGCGUCAAGUUAGCUUUAGGGUUGAAGAGAAAUCGUCAUCUUCUAAUAGACCUGUUUCGUGUCUUCAGUCUCCUUGGGAAGAUAAACAGAAAUUCAGUCAAUUGGGAACUUCCUCACCUGCCACGCCACAAAAAACAGUAAAACGGUCUUCACCAGCUGUCCGCACACCUGGACAAAGAACGGUCAUCACUGAGUACACGUCUACACCAAAAUCCAGGAAGAUUCUUGGAAGUGGAGUUUCCACAAAGACACCUAGCAUCACAACACCACCAUUCAGUUCAGAGGAAGAAGCCGAUGAAGAUGACAUUAAACAGUCUUACGUAUCACCAAAAAUGUUGCAGAAGCAGUCCAAGCCAACAAGCAGCAAAGCCCAUGCUUUUCAGAAGGUUUCUGGCAAAAAUGAUGUGGAUGGGAUGGAGAAAAAUGAAACUGAAGAAACUGGAACACCUUCCAAAACUUUAAAAGAAACAGUUAUCCAAAAACUGACCAAACAAGUUGGAGAGAGUCUUUCUAACCAUGGAAAUAAGAACAAACCAGCUGGAGGAAUAAAUGUUGCACAGGCAUUUAUUAAGAAAGAAGAAGUGAAAGAACCGAAGUUCACAGAAGCUGAUGAAGAUGAUUGGGAUAUAUCAUCGAUAGAGGAAGAUAUUUUAUUGAUGAAAGAUGACAGAGGUCAGAAGGCACUGACAGUUCAGAAAAAUGAGUCCAAUGCUGCAUCAGUGGUACAUGCAUGGGGUCUUCCGAAGAAAAGUGUACCAAAGGAGGAAGGCCUUCAUGAAGCUGAUAAUACAAGCACGUUAAAAAGCAGCUUAGUGACUGUAACAGACUGGAGUGAUUCUUCAGAUAUAUAAGUGUUCCAUUCCUGAUGGGAGGCCCUACUUUUGGGUUCUGCUGGGGUUGAAAAUGCAGUUGAAAACAUCAAGUGUUUCCUAUUAAUUUCUCUCAUGGGUCAUAUAAUAACAAGGAAUACUGUUUACAGAGCUCUCCUGUCUUUCAGUCUGAAUCUGAAAAAGAAUGCUGAAAUAUACUGGCCAUGUCUAUUUGGAAAUUGAGAGUAAUUCUUCUUUCUCAUUGUGGUGGUUCAACCCCAGCCAGCGACCAAGCUCCAGCAGCCACUCGCUCGCUCUCCCACCAGUGGGAUCAGGGAGAGAGCUGGAAGAGUAAAAUUGAGAGAACUCAUGGGUUGAGAUAAAGACAGUUUAACAGGAAAAGCAAAAGCUACGCACACAAGCAAAGCAAAACAAGGAAUUAAUUCACAUCUUCCCAUGGACAGGCACGUGUUCAGCCAUCUCUAGGAGGGCAGGGACCCAUCACACAUAGGGGUGACUUGGGAACACAAACGCCAUCACUCCAAAUGUCCUCCCUCUUCCUCCUCCUUCCCCCCACUUCAUAUACUGAGUGUGAUGUCAUAUGGUAUGGAAUAUUCCUUUGGUCAGAUGGGGUCACCUGUCCCA